AUGUUGAGUGAUCCCACCGACGGUGCGGUGUCGCGCGUGGGCGCGUCCAGCAGGGAAUCAUCUUCCGACACAGGCCAGACCUCGACUAGUAGCGGCGCGGGGAACCCUAAAAUCCGGAUUCCGCGCUUAAAGGGCGCCGCCCUCGUCACCGCUCACCGCCAACGCACCAGUCGGGCGUGUGCCCCGUGUCAUCAGAGGAAGACCAAGUGUGACGGCCAAAAGCCUCAAUGCAAACAAUGUCGCCAAUUAGCUAUCCCCUGUACCUACAUGGGGUCAAAGCGGGAACGACAAAAGUGGGCCUUGGAAUCCGUCCAAGCGAAGAUCCAAUCUUAUGAGUCCCUGUUGCAACGAAUCAUUAUCGAUAGUAGCGAGGAUCCAGCCAAGUUCAAGUUGAUCGAAGAACUCAUCACGAGUCACUUUGAAGGCACGCCAACGAUUCUUGCUCCGCUUCUGGCGCUAGGGUCUCCAGCGGACCGAAGCCCGUCCCCGUCCAAACAUGGCCUAUCAUUGUACCGAAUGCUUGCCGCGUGGACAUCCCAUGCCCGCAGUGAGACUCAACCACUCGUGCAGACACCGGUUAUCCAGACCACCCAAAUUCAUCAUUGGACCUUGCUGGUGAACAAUGACACGGCGAGUCAUCUAUUAUCACUGUACUUUACGUGGGAGAACCCGACCUGGCAACUGAUUGACAAGGAUAUGUUUGUCCGCGACCUGGAACGUGGACACGGAAAGUUUUGUUCUGCAUUAUUGGUUACCGUCUUACUCUUUUUUGGCUGUAGUCUAUCCUACAAUCUAGAUAAAAUCACCGAUCGACGAAUGGAAAAGCUGCUCAGCAAGGAUUUAUAUGCUGAAAUACAGCGUCUGUGGGAGGCCGAAAAACACCUCGAGAGCCUUCCCACGGCGCAGUCCAGCAUCCUGAUUGGUUUACUCUGCUGUACCUUUGGCCUAGACAGAUUCGGUACCCGGUAUAUCAUGCAUGGCGCUCAACUAUGCCUAGACUUAGGGCUCCAGGAUGAGUCCCCCUCAUACUUCUAUGGCGACUCCCCGGAUGAAGAUGGUCAGCUCGCUAGGUGUCAUAAGUUGGUUUCCUGGGCGGUGUACGAUGUUCAAGGCAUUGCUUCUCAAGUUUACAGAAAGGUACCAGCCUGGAAAGAACCUCCGCCCGUUAAAUUCUCCCCAAUUGAAGCAGCAGGAUUAGAUGCCGGCAUUGAAUGGUGUCCCUAUCCGUUCAUGUCUCCUAUCUCCCAGCCAUUCUUCAUCACGGCGGCGUGCUUCAGGUCUGACCUAGUGACUAUAGUUCAUCAAAUUGCCAGGUUUGCGCUUCGGUUUCCAGAUGAGGUCAUGAAUAAUGAUGAUUGGGAGUACGGCUACCAAUUGCACCAAAAGCUCCUUCAGUGGAAGGCCGCCCUGCCACCGGUUCUUCUACUGGAACAUAAUACCACACCGCACGUAAUCUGCUUACAGUUCGCUAUCCCCUUCCACCUUGCUAUGUUUUCGGUGACUGAUAGAUAUUGUAGUGAAUAUUACUAUGCAACGAUUGCAUCUCUAUGCCAGGUCUUCUGUACAAACUUGGGCUCGACAGAUAACCAGAUUCCCAAUCCGCACGAGUUUGAUCCAUACACAAUAAUGUCGCAGGCUUUAGAUGACAUGGGGUCCUUGGUAAUGCUAUUCAAACGCUGCCACGGGUGGAAGUCUCUCCCGGUCGUCAUGCUGCACUAUUUCUGUGUCGCAGGGGUUCACUCAGUGUCGAAGCUGAGUGCUCAUGAACCGAAGUGGAGCUAUGUUCUGGAGGACUGCGUGGUGGGCCUUUGGCACAUGAGUUUGGGGUGGGGUCGAUUAUGUACAGCAUUCCUCCGGACGAUCGAACUGGUCCUGAAGCAAAGCCAUCUGGACCCGUCUCUCGUGCCUUCCCGGGUCGUCGAGAUAUUCACCAAACUACACGAGGGCGCUUUGUGGACGGUGACGGACAUCUCAUCCCUGGCGGCCGAUUAUGUGGUUCAUCACGUACCCACCCGAGCGGACUCGAGUUCGAGCCCAUGGUCUGCUUACCGAUCCCAAGGCUUGCAGAAUCUUAUCCAUGAUAUGGAUAACCUUUCUAUCCAUGUAAGCUCCGAAUCACCGGAGUCCCUCUCAGCCGUCAAGACGCCUUAUGAUUCUCGGAGCUCCGAAGAUCCUAACAUGUGA